GUGACACCGCUACUGCUACUACUGUCAUGUCUUAUAGGAUGGCGAUGAAGACAUACACAUGUUCUUGUCCAAGCUCUUCCAUCAAGUAAGAGGCUUAUAACUACCCUCUUAUCAUCCAUGUAACUGUUAGCAACAGACCGGAGGAUCUUCAUUGUGUGUAAACUCUUAUGCAGCAUUAGAUGAAAAUGUUGUUGUCGACAUGUGUCUGCGCGUUGGUCAGUGUCUGUCUUUGUCUUCUAGGCACCUGAAAGAUGAUAUGCUUAGAUUCUUGUCGGAUGCUGUCGAGAGUCCAUCAAUUCGAUCUCUCUCUCUCUCUGGUUCCAUCCGUCAAACAUUUGAGUUCGAAUACCUGUUGAUACCCCGAUGCAAAGCCACAGUUUCCGUCCUUUUUCCCACGUGGCACCUUUACCGCGAUCUUGAAGGCGGUCUUUUGUUUUCCGCCCAAAAUGGGUUUGUAAAUUUUACAAAAGGCAAGAACAAGAACUCACCUGGAUGUAAGAACGUGAAGAAGAAGAAGCCUGUGAUUUUCACCGAAGAAGAAACGAUUGUUGUGACGAUGGAUGGAACUGAACAUGUGGGAUGAUAUAAUAAUCGGAUCUAUACGUAGUUGCCAGGCUUCAUUCUUUGAAAUACCUCACUUUCCUUACAAAAGUGUACACGUGUUCGGUCCGUCGCAUUUGUCGGGCUGGAUGAAACGGAAGGAUUUUCCGGUUUUGCUCUGAAACGGCGUCGCUUUGACCUUCCUCCGUCUGAAUAAACGAACGAGUCGACUCGCGAUUUGACCGGAGGUAACUUUCAAACAAAAUUUCAAAGUGAGAUGAGCGAAGCUACGACGAAUCUGACGCCGACGCAGCGGUACGCGGCGGGGGCAUUGUUCGCGAUCGCCGUCAACCAAGCGCAAAUCCCCCAGACGCAGCCGCUGGGGAGCCCAGUGGCCGACGAAGACGACGAAGGAGGCGGCGGCGAAAGUCGCCGGUCUGGUGAGCGAAGCAGCAGCGGCAGCAGCAACGAUUCUGUUUCCGAGGACCCUGGCCUCUGGGUACACGAGUGUUCGGGUCUCCUUCGACCCGUUUUCAGAGGUCUUCAUAUCGAUUCCUCAGCUUGGAAUGGUCUCGAGGAAACAGCUGGUUCUUCUCCAGCGAAGCAUCAUGUCGGUGCGUUCAUGAGGCUACUGUCCGAAGAAGCGAGUGAUGUUUCUUCGGAGAUGGCAGAGAAAGAGGAGGCUUUAGCUAAGGCUGUUGAUGCAAUGGUGCGAAGCAUGGAAAGUUCUGUAUCUGUGGAAUCUAAGAAGGAGAUUCGUAAGGGGUACGAAGAUGAAUGCCGUGAGAAAUAUGCAGUUCCCGAGGCACAAUCUAACUCUAAAGUUGUCGAUAAGGAUUCCAUCAGACAGCCAGUAACAGAGGCAGGUGUAAGUAGAGAUGACAGGCAGAAACCCGUCAGUCUGCCACAAACAGAAAACCUAGAUCCGGGCAUAAGUAUAGAUGAAGCCCACAAGCCUGGAGUCGUUGCAGAUGAGAAACCUGUGGAGGAAGUAACAUUGGUCAGAUAUCAAAGGAAGAUAAAUGUUCUUUACGAGCUUCUUUCAGCUUGUUUGGCUGAUAAACGUGAAGAGAAAAAGAAAAAGAAAUAUACCCGGCGUAGAAAAGGCUAUGAUGCUCGACAUCGUGUUGCUUUGCGUUUACUCGCGACCUGGUUUGACAUUGAGUGGAUAAACGUGGAAGCAAUCGAGACAAUGGUUGCAUGCUCUGCAAUGGCCAUACAAAAGGUUGAGGAAACAAAGGAAGACGAGUCUUUGUCUCCUCAGAGUAGAUGGGCUAAAUGGAAGCGUGGAGGCAUCAUUGGUGCUGCUGCUUUAACCGGGGGUACUUUGAUGGCCAUCACCGGUGGAUUGGCUGCUCCAGCCAUUGCUGCAGGGUUCGGUGCAUUGGCACCGACACUGGGCACUUUGGUACCUGUGAUUGGAGCCAGUGGGUUUGCAGCGGCUGCAAGUGCUGCUGGAACUGUUGCUGGUUCGGUUGCUGUUGCAGCAUCAUUUGGAGCUGCUGGAGCUGGGCUCACGGGGAGUAAGAUGGCAAGGAGAAUUGGAGACAUUGAUGAGUUUGAAUUUAAAGCUAUUGGAGAACAUCAUAACGAAGGACGAUUAGCGGUGGAAGUCUUGGUUUCUGGCUUUGUUUUCAAGGAAGAAGAUUUCGUAAGACCCUGGGAAGGAUUACAUGACAACUUGGAAAGGUACACGCUUCAGUGGGAGACUAAGAAUCUUGUAGCAGUGAGCACUGCAAUUCAGGAUUGGCUUACGUCAAGACUUGCAUUGGAAUUGAUGAAACAAGGUGCAAUGCACACUGUACUAAGCACUCUUUUAGCUGCACUGGCCUGGCCUGCAACUAUCCUUGUUGCUGCUGAUUUCAUAGAUAGCAAAUGGAGUGUCGCCAUUGACAGAUCAGACAAAGCAGGAAGACUUCUAGCUGAAGUGCUUUUGAAAGGAUUGCAGGGAAACAGACCUGUCACGCUCGUGGGUUACUCACUUGGUGCACGUGUUAUCUUCAAGUGCCUCCAGGCUCUGGCUGAGACAGAAGAAAACGCUGAAAUUGUGGAAAGAGUCGUUCUUCUCGGGGCGCCUAUUUCAAUCAAUAACGAAACGUGGCAGGAAGUGAGAAAGAUGGUGGCCGGAAGAUUCAUCAAUGUCUACGCCACAAAUGAUUGGACCCUCGGAGUUGCUUUUCGCGCAAGUCUGUUCUCUCAAGGAUUAGCUGGAAUUCAACCAAUCCGUCUCCCCGGGAUUGAGAAUGUGGAUGUGACGGAUACGGUGGAAGGUCACUCCUCUUACCUAUGGAAAACGCAGCAGAUUUUGGAGAGCCUCGAGCUCGACGCCUAUUAUCCCGUCUUCAACCUCUCUCCCUAAACCCUAAAACCCAAAAGCAAACCCUUCUCUCUCAGGUGCGUAUGAGUAUAUGACUCUGACAACUCAAGUCUCUUUGUCCACACUUGAGGGUCUAAACCCAAAAGAAUAAAAUCUUACUUUAAAUGGGUUUUCCGUCAUGUCUGGAACAGUAAUUCACUUUUGUGUCGGCAAACCCAAGUCGAUUCUUUAUCCGAAUCGGACAAGUCUGUAAAAAAAAAAAGAAGUAUUUGUUGUCAGUAAGUGUUGGAAUUUAUGAUGGAUUUGGCCAUA